AUGAGGCCUCAUAUUUUGAGCAUUCUCUUGAUCCUAUCCUUGGCUACAUUUGAAUUUGCAACAGGUAAAGAGCCGAGAAUUCAUGAUUCAUUUGGCGAAAACAGAAGAAUUCUGCAUGAGUCAUUGUUUCCAGAUAGUUCACCACCAGCAGCACCGCCGCCGCCUCCGCCAUUACAGCCAGACACCCCAGACCAAGACCAGCCAUUCUCCCAUGAAACCGGGCAAACACCGGAUCAGGUCCAGCAGUCUCCUCCUGCACCAGCCUAUGGCACACCUGUGGCAAAUCCAAUUGCCAAUCAGCAGCAGCAGCAGGCAGCAACCAAGCCAAUCAAGAAAGUGGCAAUUGCAAUAUCAGUUGGGACUGUUAUACUAGGAAUGUUGUCAGCUUUGGCAUUCUAUUUGUACAAACACAGAGUGAGACACUCUGAUGAGUCCCAAAAACUUGUUGGUACCAAUUUACAAAGAACUAAUGAUCCACCAUCCACUUUUUUGUACAGUGGGGCUGUGGAACCAUCCACUAGAGGUACAGUGAGUACUGAUACCAACAGUUCACCUUAUAGAAAAUUGGAUUCAGGAAAAAGGUCAGAUAGAUAUAGGCCUAGUCCCGACCUUCAGCCACUACCACCACUUACCAAACCCCCACCACCUCCUAGCAUAAAUUCACCACCCCCCAUGUCAUCGUCGGAUGAUGAGAGCCAUGACGCAAAUUUUUACACUCCACAAGGGUCGUCCAUGAAAAAUGAGUCCCCGAGCUCACGUCGUUUCAACUCAAGCAACAAUACUGGCCGGAUGAACCAGUCCAGGCCGGAUAGUCAUGUUGCUUCUUCUCUCCCCCAUUCCAAGAGAACUUCACCAAAAUCUCGCCUUUCUACCUCGUCUCCCGAUAGAAAGCAUCCAAUCAUACCACCAAUCAAGCAAUCGCUGCCUUCUCCUCCACCAUCAACAGCAACUAGUCCUUUAGGGCCACUGCAGUCUAGUAGACCAACACUGCCUAAUAUUCUUAAACAGGCCAAAUUUUCAGCGCCAACUCCACCACCAAAUAUGGCACCGCUUCAAUCAAUGAACGAUGAAGAGCAGCAAGCAUCUAAGUUCCCAAUGCCACCUCCACCUCCACCUCCGCCUCCGCCUCCUCCUCCUCCUCCUCCGCCGCCGCCUUCUUUUCCAAUACCAAGAAAAUUGGGGGCUAUGGAAACAAAUAAACCAUCCGUUCCUAAAAAACCAGUUAGACCACAGUCAAAAAGUUCUAGCCCAAAAUCAAGCCCAGGGACUGAAAGGAGAAGUCCAGUUAAAGAAAUUGAUAAAGGUCUCAGUACGUUGAGUAAAUUAGAUGAUGAUGAUGAUGAUAAGGAUGGAUCAAAACCCAAGUUGAAGCCUUUGCAUUGGGACAAAGUACGAGCAACCUCAGAUCGAGCCACGGUUUGGGACCACAUAAAGUCAAGCUCCUUCCAGUUAAAUGAGGAUGCCAUGGAGUCACUUUUUGGAUGCAAUUUUGCAAAUUCAAUCACUAAAGAAUCAACUAGGAAGUCAGUCCUUCCUCCUUUAGAACAGGAGAACAGAGUCCUAGAUCCAAAGAAAUCACAGAACAUUGCUAUAAUGUUACGAGCAUUGAACGUCACAAGAGAUGAGGUUGCUGAAGCACUUUUAGAUGGAAAUCCAGAAGGACUGGGUCCGGAGCUUCUGGAGACUUUAGUGAAGAUGGCACCGACCAAGGAGGAAGAAAUAAAACUUAAAGACUACAGUGGUGAUACCUAUAAGUUAGGAACAGCAGAACGAUUCCUCAAGGCAAUACUGGAUAUUCCAUUUGCUUUUAGAAGAGUGGAGGCUAUGCUAUACAGAGCAAACUUCACUACGGAAGUAAAAUACUUGAGAAAGUCCUUUCAGACUCUAGAGGAAGCAAGUGAAGAAUUGAAAACUAGUCAUCUGUUUAUUAAACUCCUUGAAGCUGUUCUAAGGACAGGAAACCGUAUGAAUGUUGGUACAAACCGUGGUGGCGCCAAAGCUUUUAAACUUGAUACUUUGUUGAAAUUAGUGGACAUAAAGGGAACAGAUGGUAAGACAACCUUACUUCACUUUGUAGUCCAAGAGAUUAUCAGGUCAGAAGGAGAAGGUUCUGAUCCUAUAAUCAAAAGCCUCCCACAUAAAUCAAAUUUCAGAUUUAAAGAUGAGGAUUUUAAGAAGCAAGGAUUGCAAGUUGUAGCAGGGUUAAGCAAAGAGCUUGGCAAUGUUAAAAAGGCAGCGGGAAUGGACUCAGAUGUCUUGAGUAGCUAUGUCUCCAAGCUUGAAAUGGGUCUUGAGAAAGUCAGGUUGAUUCUGCAACAUGAGAAGCAAAGUAUACAAGGUAAAUUUUUCGAUUUGAUGGAAAUGUUUCUUAAAGAGGCUGAAGAUGAAAUCAUCAGGAUAAAGGCAGAAGAAAGAAAAGCCUUAUCCUUGGUCAAAGAGGUGACCGAGUAUUUCCACGGGGAUGCUGCAAAAGUGGAGGCCCAUCCUUUGAGAAUUUUCAUGAUUGUACGAGAUUUUCUCUCCAUAUUGGACAACGUGUGCAAAGAUGUCGGGAGGGUGCAGGAACAAACAACCAUGGGUGCCGGGAGAUCAUUCAGAGUUCCUGAAAAUGCACUGCUUCCAGUACUCAGCCGAUACAACAUACGGUAUGAUAGAAGUUCUGAUGAUGAUAGCAUGUAG